AUGAAGAGGCUGUUGGAGAAAGAGGGCAUAACACAGAAGGAUUUCGAUUUGAUCGACACUACUCAGAAAUGUGACGCGAAUACACUGAUCACAAUUAUUGUGCGAAUUCGGCAACUUCGAAAGACAGCGAGAGGUGUGAGCAUCAAAUGCGCUGGAGCAGUCGUUGGCAAAGUUGGCGAAAGUUCCCAGGCUCUGCGUAAUCAGGUACAGUGCAUCUGGUUCUGCCAGCACCAGGCCCGAGUUAUCAGAAUGGUCUUGGACUUUUGCUACAAGGAUGCAGAAUUAAGCAAAAUGCUAGCGUCUUCACGGAUGCAACUUUCUGAGGAACAAUUGCUUCUCCGUUUUUCAUAUCCGCAUGCUCACAACAGUGAACCUUUGCUAGUCUUGGGAGAGAUUGUCAGGCUGUACGCAAAUUCAACGGGUUUGGGACCUGAGAUAGCGUACUUCAACAUGUUACUAGUCAAAAAGAAGAUCUCUCUAUCAAACCUCUGGAUGCACAUUCACUUUUGCGACCAGAAGCGAUUGAAGUCUGGUUCUACCUCUACAGAACGACUUAUGACAAAACUUAUCAAGAAUGACGUUGGAAUGCCUUUGAAGCGAAUUAAGAAUUAUGCGCGGGUGCGAAAUGGUUACCAGUGAAGAGUGUCAAGAAAAUCCCUGUUACAUACAGCUGCAAAUGCUGGAUCCAAGCAAAGAAAAUGCCGGCGAAAGCAAUGGAGCAAGUCUCAAGAUGCCGGUAAGAUAAUAUUUUUGCUGCAGAGAACAGCAGCUCGCAACAGGAGAAGGACGCGGAAGACUUCGUAGGAUUUUCUAUUUUUGGAUUUGUUAUUUUCUUUCAUCUAGUUAUCAAUGUUACUUGUUUCAUCUGAUUAUCAAAGUUGCUUUCUUUCAUAUAAUUAUCAGCUUACAUCCUAAUCAGAAGAUUCCGGUGUUAUAUCUGCCUUUCAGUUAGAUCUGUUGUACAUUAACGAAUCAUUUUCACUGUUGUCUUUUUUUUUAUUUGCUCACUUCAAUAGCGAGGACUUCUGUCAUUCUUGCAUCUCCGUUCACACAAUCAUCUUCACGCAUCGCAUUCAAACAGAUAUUUGUGUUUAUAUCUUUACCAAUGUUUCAUUUCUAAUUUCUUCUUUUCUCUUUUCUGCCACACUCAUUGUAGGUCCUAUUGCUAUCUGACUGAAU